GGCCAAGCCAAGGUUAGGAGGUGGUUGCUGUAUUGUCCAUCUCUCACUCACUCACUCAUUGAGACAAAAGGGGAGAGAGAGAUAUAUAUAUUAGAAUUUGAAUUAACAAAUUUUCAGCGAAGGACUUGGUGACUCGGAUUUUCAGUGCAAGGACUCACACAAUCGGAAUUCUCAGGGAAGGACUCUCCGGCCAAUUAUAAAUACUUUCCAUUCCCCCAAAACCCUUCAUCAUGCCUUCCUCCUCAUCACCAACAGUAUUUCUUCUUCUUCUUUACCCUUUUGUUAGAUUAUCGCUUUUCGAUUCAGCAGGAUGACCAUCCUCGUUGAGCAGCCUGACUUUGCGGUUGAGGUGGAAGAAAAGGUGGUCUCUGAUCAGACGGGUGAGGAGAAUGAAUUGGUGUUGGAUGGUGGAUUUGUGGUGCCUCCAACAAACGCAUUUGGCCACACUUUCAGGGAUUAUGAUGUUAACAGUGACCGGAGCGAUGGGGUUGAGGAAUUCUAUCGAAUCAACCACAUUAACCAAAGUGUUGACUUUGUGAAGCGGAUGAGGGAAGAAUAUGGCAAACUGAAUAAGGUUGAAAUGAGCAUAUGGGAAUGCUGUGAACUUCUCAAUGAAGUAGUGGAUGAGAGUGAUCCUGACUUGGAUGAGCCUCAGAUUGAGCACCUCUUGCAGACUGCUGAAGCCAUCAGAAAGGACUAUCCUAAUGAAGGCUGGCUGCAUUUAACUGCCCUUAUCCAUGAUCUUGGAAAGGUUCUUCAUCUUCCUGCUUUUGGAGAGCUUCCUCAAUGGGCUGUUGUGGGUGACACAUGCCCUGUCGGGUGUGCCUUUGAUGAGUCAAUUGUUCAUCACAAGCAUUUCAAGGAAAAUGCUGACUACAACAAUCCUGCUUAUAACACUAAGUAUGGUAUUUACUCCGAAUGUUGUGGACUCGACAAUGUACUGAUGUCAUGGGGGCAUGAUGACUACAUGUACUUGGUGGCCAAGGAAAACAAAAGCACUCUCCCUUCAGCUGGUCUUUUCAUUAUCAGAUACCACUCAUUUUAUGCUUUACACAGGGCAGGAGCAUAUACGCACUUGAUGAAUGCAGAGGACAUUGAGAAUUUGAAGUGGCUCAAAAUAUUCAACAAGUAUGACCUUUACAGCAAGAGCAAAGUUCGCAUUGAUGUUGAGAAAGUGAAGCCCUACUAUCUCUCUCUAAUUGAGAAGUACUUUCCCGCAAAGCUGAGAUGGUGAACGGUGAAGUUGGGAGCUCUGAAGUUGGAUGAGUAAAGAAAUCAGAUGGAGGUAGCAGCUGAAUAAAAGGCACGGAUGUAGAACUUUCAAUGUCUUUUUUUCUCUUUGUUCUUGUUUCCUUUUCUUUUACCCCUUUAUGUUUGUUUUGUUAUGAACUUAUGAGGAGGUGCUGUACCUUUUCUCUGAGUUUGUAUAUAAAAAUGCUACCUCUGCAGUUGCAGUUAUUCCAUUGCCGUUGUUCUA